AAUUUUUCUACAUAUCAGCGAAUGUGGCAUUUUAUGGAAACUGCAAAAGCACCAAACGAAGUAUUUACUAAAAGCAAUGUUGAGGGUGUUAAUCGAGUUGUUAAAGGAAAAGGAAAUUAUGCUUUUCUUAUGGAAUCAACGUCAAUAGAAUAUGUGAUUGAAAGAAAUUGUGAAUUAACACAAAUUGGUGGACUUUUAGAUUCAAAAGGUUAUGGAAUCGCUAUGCCUCCAAAUUCCCCAUAUAGGACAGCCAUAAGUGGAGCUAUUUUAAAACUUCAAGAAGAAGGUAAACUUCACAUACUAAAAACCAAAUGGUGGAAAGAAAAACAUGGUGGAGGAUCAUGCCGAGUAAGAUACACGCACGACGGCGAUCCGAUUUUAAUGACUGCUUGA